AUGUUAGAGAUGAAGAGUUUGUUACUAAUUAAUCUUGUGUUUUUUGUAACUGUUGUUAUUUCAGAUAGAGGUAGACCCUUGUUUUUACCACAAUUGCCAGUUGGUAAAUACCGACUAAAUUUUUUGGCAAUAAUACGUUCUGCUGCUGACCGGACGAAUAAUAAAAUAAAAUUUGAAUUGUAUCUUAGUAAAAAAUCUGUCAAUACCACAGAAAUUCUAGGAAACACAACAUUUUUAGUACCAUUGGAUGAUUCCUUUAAUUUGGAAUGCGAUUUUGCGGUAAAAGAUUCUAUCGGUGGUUGGAAAGAGAAUGCUUUUAUUUAUAAGUCACCCAAAGCUUACACGACGCUUAAAAUGAUCCUUGGUGGUGCUUGGACUAAAGUAAUGGAUGGUUUAGGAAUAUACAACACUACUUGUCCUAUUCCCGCGGGUUUUUAUAAAGGAUCUGGCAUAGAUACUGCUGAUCUCAUGUUAGCCAAUUUUGCCAAGACUUUUUUUUACGGAACAUACAGAUUUAGUGGUUAUUUAACCAAAAACCAUGAAGUAUAUGGUGGUGGUUCUGUAAUUGUAGAGGUGAAGCGACCUUGGGAAUUCGAUUGA